AUGACCUGGGGAACCUUGAUGAACCCUUUGUCCUUAGCUGACUGGCCGAACUCAGUCUCAGUAAAAACAAAACCUGCCACCAAGCCCCAGAAAGUCAGAGUAUAUAAGUAUAAUUCGUCAUGGGAAAACGAGACUUGGGCGAAAGGUUGGUUGGUAAAAAAUCGAGAUAAUCAUAAUGCUAAUCAGCAAGCGUUUUGUAAACUCUGCCGUAAACCUCUUCGAGCCCAUCCAACAGAUUUAGAAGCUCACAGCAAAAGAGAUUCACACGUAAAACUAUUUGAGAGUUUGGCUGCUGAAAAUCAACCGAAAAUAACUACAGUUUGCAAAACACAAACAGAUAAGAAAAAAGAAAAUCAUGAAAGGGACUUAAUACUAGCAGCUUACAUUGCAACGCAUUCGAGCAUAAGAGGCGUAGAUCAUUUAAGUGAAAUUUUGAAAGAUUUGAAGGUAAUAGAAGAUCUUAGAUUACACAAAACAAAAUGUAGGAAUUUAAUUAAAUACGUAAUUGCACCAAAUAUGCUACAGGAGCUGAUUGAAGAUGUUGGUGAUUGGGGUUACUCAUUGAUCGUUGAUGAAUCAACUGAUGUUGCAACAAUGAAGUUUCUGUGUCUUUGUAUAAAGUAUUUUAGCCAUAAGCAAAACAGGAUAGUUACUGCUUAUUUAAGUUUAAUUGAAGUCGUAAAAGCAGAUGCUAACACUUUAUGUUAUGCAAUUAUUGAGUAUUGUAAAAAAAAUUAAUUUAUACUUGAAAUAUUUGAUCGGUUUAGGUACCGACGGAGGUACGAAUCUUUGCGGUAAUAAGUAUUCUGUCUAUGCGCUGUUGAAAGCGCAAUUUAAUGAAAACCUACAAUUGGUAAGAUGUAUCUGCCACUCGUUGAACAACGCUGCUUCAGCUGCCGCCAAUCACUUUCCAGCAAACGUUGAAUUUUUAUGUAGGGAAAUAUACAAUUAGUUUAACCAUAGUGCAAAUCAAAAAUCAGAGUAUAAGACAACGUGGGAAACAAUAAAUACUGGUGUAGAAGCUGAU